GACAGAGGCAGGAUGUUGGAGUCCUAUGUCACGCCCCUGUUGAUGACCUACGUGAACAAAUACAUCAAGAACCUGAAGCCCUCUGACCUGCAGCUGUCGCUAUGGGGAGGAGACGUAGUACUGAGCAAGCUGGAGCUGAAGCUGGAUGUCCUGGAGCAGGAGCUGAAACUGCCCUUUACCUUCCUGAGCGGUCACAUCCAUGAGUUGCGUAUCCACGUACCCUGGACCAAACUGGGCUCCGAGGCCGUGGUCAUCACCAUUAACACAAUGGAGUGUAUCCUCAAACUGAAGGACGAAGCACAGCAGUCCAAACAGCCCAUGGCUCAGUUCACCUCUUUCUUCGUGUUGGCUUAG